AUGGCUGCGAUCGAGAUUCGCUACAGCACUAUGCAACAAUUUUUGACAGCAAUCCUCAUUGCGCUAGCGACUAUAUUAAAUGGAUGCUCAGCCAGCGCGAAAGACGAUGGCAGCUUCGACCAGAUGGCCGUGGAAGCUAAGACCGUACCUGUGGUUACCAAUUUAACAACACUUCCUGUCAAGCAAAUUAAACAACAACUUACCCCAACAUUCAACCAAACGUUUAAAAUUGAACAAAGGCCGCCCAGUAAACCGCCGAUCUAUCUCACUCCAGAUAAAAAGUAUUACGUCCCCGUCAAACAUUUCUACAAGCCUCCACCACCGAGACACGUGUAUACCAAAGAACCUUUAAAAGUUACAAAUGGCAUUUAUCAAUUUCCUGGUGUGUUGCAUUACAAUGUUAAGCCACCAGGUCCGCAAACCCAACAUUAUUACAAUAAGCCCACUCCUCAUCCCCAGCCUCAGCCGUUGGUAUAUGCUGCAACGACAGGAAAACCUUUAACAGUACCAAAAGCUCCUAUAAAGAUAAGUAUCCCGGUCCAGACUGUCAAUGGUAUCAGGACGGAUUACAUUAAACCACCCUAUAUCAAUAUCUACAACUAUACUACAACAACAUUUGCACCAUCUACGACGAAGAGGCUAUUAAGAACGAAGAGAAUUUGGCCGAAAAGGAUUUUAGAAAAAAUGAAUAACACUGUGGCAAAUAAAACUAGCUCAAUCGAUACGAAUACAAUUAGUAAUAGCAGUGACUUUGACCGUGUCGGUUCGUCUAGUUCACAUCAACGUGUUUUCGCUUAUGGCGAUAAAUCUGUAACACAAUCAACAAAAAGCCUCGAAUCAACGACAAAAGGAUAUAUAAGAGUUACAAGAGCUUCUAAAAAUAGGACAACAACGACACAAGCAACUGUGGAACACAUUGGGGCAAAUGAAUGGGUUCCGAUACGUCCGUCACAUUUUGCAAAAGUCAAAAAACCAGCGACAUAUCGAAGAAAACGUUCAGUUGAUGCAUAUUUCGAUAACCAAGCAGAUGAUUACUUUUCUAACAACUACGCCUCAAACUUGUACAAAGACAAUGAACUAGAUAUAUUUUAUAAAUAUCAGCAACCUAAAAAUAACUAUCAAAGCCGUCGACCGGGACGUGCAUAUGGAAACCAACGACCAACAAGUAUAUUUGUUAAUCCUUCUGAUAGUUAUGUUUCACACAAUCGACCCAUUGUUGAGUUUACAGAUGAACAGCCCGAGCCAAAUCAAAUAAAAAAUCCAUUGUAUUUGCACACUUAUGGCCUGAUUCCAGUAAAGGAGUCAUUGCGCAGUUCCAAGCCAGCUAUACCACAGACCAAUGCGAUGAUAUUUGGUAAAAAAAAGCGACCAACAACUGUAACACAUGCUCCACAAUUCGAUUUAAGCGAACUGCAAGCCGAAGCAAGCAGCAAAUCAAAGGUAUAUACGAAGAUUAAGCAUCAUCAUCAUCAUCACCAUCAUCGUUACAUUAAAACUGUUGAAAAACCUGUGAACGUUCCUUACAAAGUUGAAGUGCCUAAACCUUAUCCCGUCGAGAAAAAAGUGCCUGUGCCGGUACCAGUAGAGAAAAUUAAAGUAGUUAAUAGACCAUACCCGGUUACUGUGGAGAAAAAAGUUCCGUACCCUGUUCAUAUCAAAGUUCCCCAACCGGUUCCAGUUAAAGUUAUAGAAAAAGAGUAUAUACCGAGACCAUUUCCUGUCAUUCAUCAAAUUCCAGUCAUAAAACAGGUAGAAGUAAAAGUUCCCCAACCGGUUCCAGUACAAGUUGAAAAACGCGUUCCAUAUCCGGUUCAAGUGGCGGUCCCUGUUGACAAACCAUAUCCUGUGCCUGUGCAAGUUGAGAAAAGAGUUCCAUAUCCAGUACCUUUUAAAAUUCUUAUUCCGCAACCUUUCCCUAUCGAAAAGAAGGUCCCAUUCCCUAUCGAAGUUAAAGUCAGAGAACCGGUGGAAGUUAUCAAACACGUACCUAUUAGGGUACCGUAUCCGAAACCUUAUCCGGUAAAAGUUCCUCAUCCGAUACACGUGCCAGUCGAGAAAAGAGUCCCUUAUCCCGUUGAAGUUGAGAAAAAGGUGCCAGUACGGGUCGAGGUACCAGUACCUCAUAGGGUGGAGGUUGAAAAGAAAGUUCCCAUUUACAUUCCCAAACCGUAUCCCGUUGAGAAAAGAGUGCCUUAUCCAGUUAAAGUUCCAUAUCCAGUCAAGGUGCCGGUCAAAGUGCCAGUCCAGGUGCCAGUAGAGGUCCCAGUGUACAUACACCAUCCCUUCCAAAUUAUCAACGAUGAUAAUAUUCAAGGAGGUAGUUCAGUUCAUCAUUUGAUCGCAGGAGUCACGGCGGAUAUGAUGGGAGGUAGCGGCCCCGACGAGGAGGUCACGGGGACUCCCAACGGAGUCACCGUCAACGGGAUGUCGGGCUACGACGAUGUCUAUCAGUCAGACUACCAGGUCACCACGGCAACCCCCUCAACCGCCGCCACCGAAUAAUUUAAGAAAUAGAAUAAUUUACUGUUUAAUUUAAUGCAUAAACGUUGUGUGUGCUUAUUUAUAAAACGUGGGACGCUGUGAUAUUAUGUGUACGAACAUUUUACUUAAAUACUCUCAAUCCCGCCUAAACAUUCGACCAAAGAAAAA